AUGGAUACCAAGGAAGAGAAGAAAGAACGGAAACAAAGUUAUUUUGCUCGAUUAAAAAAGAAAAAACAAGCCAAACAAAAUGCAGAGACAGCCUCAACUUUGGCUACAAGGACUCAUACUGGGAAAGAAGAUGUUAAUACGGCCAUUUUAGAGCAAGACAAGUGCAACAUUGCUGUGGAAGCGGAAUAUAUCACUGACGAGAAAAAAAAGAGAAAAAAUAAUCAGUUAAAGGAGAUGAGACGUACAGAACUAAAGAGAUACUAUAGUACUGAUGACAAUCAAAACAAAACGCAUGAUAAAAAAGAGAAGAAGAUGGUGGUUCAGAAGCCCCAUGGUACUGUGGAAUACACUGCUGGAAGCCAGGACACCCUAAACUCCAUAGCACUGAAAUUUAACAUCACUCCCAAUAAACUAGUGGAAAUGAAUAAACUUUUCACACAUACUAUUGUUCCAGGCCAGGUUCUUUUUGUGCCAGAUGCCAACUUUCCCUCUAGUACCUUAAAGUUAUCAUCAUCCAGCCCUGGUGCUACUGUCUCUCCUUCAUCCUCAGAUGCAGAAUAUGACAAACUACCUGAUGCUGACUUAGCAAGAAAGGCCAUAAAACCCAUUGAAAGGGUCUUAUCUUCUACUUCUGAAGAAGAUGAGCCUGGUGUGGUAAAGUUUUUAAAAAUGAAUUGUCGAUACUUCACCGAUGGAAAGGGUGUGGUCGGAGGCGUCAUGAUUGUCACUCCUAACAACAUCAUGUUUGAUCCUCACAAGUCCGACCCCCUGGUCAUUGAAAAUGGGUGUGAGGAGUAUGGCCUCAUUUGCCCCAUGGAAGAGGUGGUUUCCAUUGCCCUCUACAAUGACAUUUCCCACAUGAAGAUCAAAGAUGCCUUGCCAUCUGACCUACCUCAGGAUCUUUGUCCUCUGUACAGGCCUGGAGAAUGGGAAGACCUGGCUUCGGAAAAGGAUAUCAACCCCUUUAGUAAGUUUAAAUCCCUCAGCAAGGAAAAACGGCCUCACAGUGGGGAGAGAACCAUCACUUCCGAUUCCAAAUCCACAAGGCCUUUGGAGAAACCAACAGAAAACACACACGUGAAGCCCUCCAGCAGCUCUGGGUCAGGACAGCUAAAGGACCUGGAAUCCUCUGUGGAGGCAACCAUGGGAUCUCCCACAGCAACUCCAGCCGGCAAGCAGCCUCCUGGCCCUCCUACUGAAUUUCAGUCUAUCGCCAAAGAAAAUCCCCCUUUCGGAGAAGAAGAUGACUUUGUUGACUUGGAUGAACUGCCUUCGCAAAAUGAUAGCGGGAUGGACAAGAGAGAUACCCCAAAGGAGGGCCUUUCUCUCCAUCCGGAGGAGCAAAGCGAGGCUGAGUCACAGGUCAUCAGUUCUGCUACCAACACGCAGGCGCAGACGGCCCUGAGCUUUUCAAGAACAGAGAGUGAUGCUGAACUGAAGGGGGCCCUGGAUUCAGAAACCUGUGAGAAACAAGAUAAAAUGCCCGAGGUGGACAAGCAGUCUGGUUCUCCCGAAAGCCAGGUGGAGAACACAUUGAACAUACAUGAAGACCUAGAUAAAGUUAAACUCAUCGAAUACUACCUUAGUAAGAACAAAGAAGGGUUGCCUGAUAACUUGGAGAAGGCAGAACCUUGUGAUGGCCAAAGGACUGAGCCAGGGGGAAUAGACAUCACGCUCAGUAGUUCUCUUCCCCAAGCCGGUGAGCCCCCAACGGAGGGCAACGAAGAGCCGGAUAAAAACUGGGGAAAGGAGAGAGCGCCCCAUCCCCUACAGCUGGGCUCUUCUCCAGAAGACAAUAUAAGUAAAGAGUCUCUAGGCAACUCUUUGGAAUGUACCCCGGACAAAAGCGGCCAGGGCGCACAGGUGGAUAAUAAGUCUGAAAUCCAGUUAUGGCUGUUAAAGAGGAUUCAGGUACCCAUCGAAGAUAUACUUCCUUCAAAAGAAGAGAAAAGCAAGACUCCACCCAUGUUCCUGUGCAUUAAAGUGGGAAAACCGAUGAGGAAAUCUUUUGCCACGCACACGGCAGCCAUGGUCCAGCAGUACGGCAAGCGAAGGAAGCAGCCCGAGUACUGGUUCGCUGUUCCCCGGGAGCGGGUGGACCACUUGUACACAUUCUUUGUUCAGUGGUCUCCUGACGUCUAUGGGAAAGAUGCCAAAGAGCAAGGCUUUGUGGUGGUGGAAAAGGAAGAACUGAACAUGAUUGACAACUUCUUCAGUGAGCCGACCACCAAGAGCUGGGAGAUCAUCACUGUCGAGGAGGCAAAGCGCAGGAAGAGCACGUGCAGCUACUAUGAAGACGAUGACGAGACGGCCCUGCCGGUCCUGCAGCCCCACAGCGCGCUCCUGGAGAACAUGCACAUCGAGCAGCUGGCCCGCCGCCUUCCAGCCAGGGUACAAGGGUAUCCAUGGAGACUCGCCUAUAGCACAUUGGAGCAUGGGACCAGCUUGAAAACUCUCUAUCGGAAAUCAGCAUCGCUAGACAGUCCUGUCCUGCUGGUUAUCAAAGACAUGGAUAAUCAGAUUUUUGGAGCAUAUGCCACUCAUCCUUUCAAGUUCAGUGACCACUAUUACGGCACAGGCGAAACUUUUCUCUACACAUUUAGCCCCAAUUUCAAGGUCUUUAAGUGGAGUGGAGAAAACUCAUACUUUAUCAACGGAGACAUAAGUUCCUUAGAACUUGGUGGUGGAGGGGGUCGAUUUGGUUUAUGGCUAGAUGCUGAUUUAUACCAUGGCCGAAGCAAUUCCUGUAGCACUUUCAAUAAUGAUAUUCUUUCCAAAAAAGAAGACUUCAUAGUUCAAGACCUCGAGGAUGAAAACCUAGUUUGCUUUAAAGAUAUCAAACCAGCAGCAUCUCAUCAUUAUCUUGUGGUGCCAAAGCAGCAUAUUGGAAACUGCACAGAGCUAAAGAAAGAGCAAAUAGGACUUGUUGAGAGCAUGGUUACUGUUGGAAAAACCAUUCUUAAAAAGAAUAAUUUCACUGACUUCACAAAUGUGAGAAUGGGUUUUCAUGUGCCACCAUUCUGCUCCAUUUCCCACUUGCACCUUCAUGUCAUAGCACCAGUCACUGAAUUUGGCUUCAUAUCAAAAUUGAUUUAUAGACCGAAUUCCUAUUGGUUCAUCACAGCUGACUAUUUGCUUGAAAAACUAAGAACAUCAGAAUGA